AUUUUUUUCUUCAGAUAAUUUGUUUACAGGCUACACUGAUUGGGCUCCACUGCAGUCAGCUAGUAACAAUGGUUCGUCUAAGGUUGUGUGUGUAGUAAAUACAAAUAUAGAUUCGUAUAAAAGACACUAAACCCCAUGUAAAAAUGACUUUUCACUGCCGUAAACGUGGGGUGUAUUGGAUCAUAGCAUUUGUCUAUGUGCUUUCUUCGGUUAAUCCUGGUAGAAGUUUAUCUCACAAGAAAAAUGUUAUUAUAUUGCCCAACCCCGAACAAAAUGUUAUGCCUUUUGAUCCAGUACAUUACAGUGAAGCCAAUAUUUCCAAAAAUUACCAGAGUUCCACAAAAAUUAACUCAAGGGGAAUGGGUCACUUAUAUUAUCUCACCAAAAGGUUUAUGGACAUAAUUCUUAAGGAAGAACCCUAUCCUGAAGGAUUUAUAAAAGUAGAAAAUUCAAAUAUUGUAUUGAAUACUGAUUUCACCUCUUUGGGCUUCCAUUACUUAUUUCUUUUGUUGGUUGCCUUGAUUGGAGUGAUUCUUGGAGCCGUGGUACCAUUUUCCGGUUUGCUAUUUUGUUGCUGUCGUUGUGCUGGAAAAUGUGGUGCUCGCACACAACCUUUUGAUAAAAAAUAUGAUAUGUGCAAGAGGCACUUUUAUGCUUUUAUCUUAUCGUCUGUCACUGUUGUGAUCAUGUUUGGGGUAGUUUGUGCUAUUGUUACUAAUGAAUAUAUGGAAGAAGGUGCUGAAAAUUUUCCGAAGACCUUCAGGACUUCAUUGAGAGAUACAAAACUGUAUUUGAAUAACACAAAAAAAGAAGUAAAUACUCUUCUUAUAACCAACUUCGGUGAAUUAGAUAAUGUACUUAGCCGGCUACUUCACAGAAGUGGUGAAAUAGUGAAGGAUAAACUUGGUGAAAUUUCAAAAGCUGCAGUUCUCUCAAAUCUAACAACUAUUGUUCAAGGACUGAAGACUAUUCGGUCUGAUCUUGACAACAUAGAUUCACUUUCUAAAUCAUUACAAAAUCAUGCCAAAGCACUUGAGAUAGCUUUAAAUAAUGUUCGAGAACAAUUACUGGAGAAGUUGGCUAUUUGUCGUCAUGACAGAGCAUGUAUUGAAUUUUUAAGCAAUUAUAAUAUUACAGCCUUAACGCUUGAAGCUAAUUUCACUCAGCUUCCUGAUGUGACUUUAAGCCUUCAAAAUGUAACAGGACUCCUAGCCAACGAUAUAGAAAAUGAAGUUAUAAAAGGCCGUGAUCAAUUUGAUAAAAUUAAACUUAACAUUCAACGCUCUGUGGACAGAACGAUACCUGAUAUAGUUCGAGAAAUAAGUAAAGCAGGAAAAAUAUUAAGAAGAAAUGCUGAAAAUGUAACUAAGGUAUUGGAUAACAUUGAAAACUUCAUUGACCAACACUCUUACAGGCCUAUGGACCAAGCAGAGAGUAUUUUCAGACAGUCUACGCAGUAUAGAUACUAUCUUGGUUUAGGAGUGAGCCUCGUCCUUGUUAGUGUAUUGUUCUCGCUCGGAAUAGGUCUUUUGUGUGGCUACUGUGGACACCGUCCCGAUGCACUUUACAAUGAAGACUGUUGUGAUAAAGGCACAGCAUCUCGCUUCCUCAUGAUGGCCGUCUGGAUAAUGUUUUUGUCAUUCACUGCUUUAGUUGCUGUCACCUUAGGUUAUAUGGUGACAGGUUCAGUGUCUGAUCGUGUCAUCUGUAAAGGAUUGAAAAAACCAUAUAAUACGAGUACUUUUGAGCUUUUAGAUCGCCUUGUCGAUCUUUCAAAUAUAUAUACUUCUUCAAAGAAGCUCAAUUUAAGUACCAUAAUUAGAGAAUGUGAGAGAAAUGCCAGCAUCUAUGAAUUAUUAGGUAUUGAAGCCGAUUCAAUGUCUGAAUACACCGCUCAAUUCAACAUGCCAGAGAGAGCCAGACAAUUAGCCGAUUCUAUUCAGUUGACAUCAGAGAUAGUUAUUGUAACACCCGAGGCAGAGAGGCAAUUGAUGGCUCUUGCUGCUUCUCCUUUAAACACCAUUGACCCACGAGUUUACACUUCUGUGCUUAAUGACAAAAUCACAUCUAUUGACUUGCUGCAAUUAGCUGCAGCUUUGAAUCAAACUGCAAUGAGACUUCCUCCUAGUCAACAGAAUGUGAAGCAUGAACUAGAAACUCAAGCUAUGUACUUGGAGGUACAUCAGGAACGUCAGGUAGGUUUGAUGGUGAAGUUAUCGAAAGAUCUUCAUGACAAUGCUACUGCACUUGCAAGCCAUUUAAGAUUUAACCAUUCAUCCCUCAGCAAAGCUGUGGAAUACCUCUUGUUGGAUCUUAGACAAGCCCAAACUACUCUUAAUUCCCAGGGACCAGCCAUUGUAAAAACGUUGGCUGAAGAAUUUGGUAGAGAAUUCGGUCUUCAUAUUCAGAGCUACCUUUCUCGAUUAGAAAAGGAAGCACAGGCUAAUGUUGGAAAGUGUUGGCCUAUUUCACUUGUUUACAACGCUACUGUGAUCGCUACUUGUAAUAAUAUUAUCGACCCUUUUAAUGGAUUUUGGCUCAGCGUUGGCUGUGUUACUCUGUUAUUUAUUCCAGCCAUUAUUCUUGCCGUAAAGUUGUCUACUCUUUAUCAGAAGUCAGAUCCUUAUCCAGGAGCACUUGUUGAAGCGGAGUAUUUAUAUGACGCUUAUGCCGAAAGAGACAAUGUUCCUUUACAAAAUGUUGGAGGUAAGAAGAAAAAAAAGUCAAAGAAAAAGCCCAGCGGUACGACUUAUUCUGCUCCUCGUUUAGGUCGUGAAAGGGAAUCACAGCCGCCUCCUUCAGAUGGGAGGUGCAGUAAUUGGGAUGAAAUUGCAAAUAAUGCUCCACCUCCUAGGUACCCACCGAUUUCUGCUGAAUAUGAAAGACCUCCUCCGUAUUAUUUUCCUGGGCCAAACCAACAGGCGACAUCAAAUACCUGAGAUUAGAUAGAUGACUAUGAUGUAUUUUAAUGACAAGCACAUCCUUUUGGUUGAAGUAAUUUCGAUUGUCAUAUCGAAUAUGAUGAUCAUUAUUGGGUAGUUGCCAAAGAGAUUGUGUUAAUAAGAGUAUUUAAAAAAAAGACACCUUUUGAACGAACUAUAUUACUCUAAAAAUCCAUACCACCUAACUAGAUAGACUGUACUCUUAAGUAUUGUUUUUAUCAUGUUACAUUAAGGUAAAAUAGCUGGGUUUUUUAGUCUUGGCACAAAGUGUUUUAUAGUAUAUAAAUAACUUAGUAAAAGUUAUACUUCAUUGUUUUGUUAAAUUUGUCUUCUCAACUCUAUAUGUGUCAUAAAUUAUCAAUGGUAAAACUGUUAAAUAAAAUAACUAAUUAUAAUGCAUGCUUAAGUAGUAUUAAUUCUCUUAUUGUAAAAACUAAAUUUAAAAAAAAAAAACAAAAAAAAAAACAAGUGAUUUUGCCAUGUUGAUAAUUUUCAGAUUCACUUAGUAUUAUGUAAAAGGAAAUAAUAUUAUUUAUUAUAAUUUUAAUAAAUUUAUAUUUAAUAUAUGUUGACUACUGAUUAUAAAUAAUGUUGUAAAAAAUGAAAGUUCUUGAAAGAAUUAUAUCUUUAUUAUAAAAAAAAAAUAAAGUAAAAAGAAUAUUUUUUCGUCAAAUAUAUUUUAUUAAGUAAUACAAAUUGACAUUGUAAUUAUGAACUGUCAUUCUCAUGUAAUAGUUUUUUUUUUUGUUCAGACACUUUCUUUGGCUGGUUCACUAUUAUAUCCAUAAUUUAUUUAAUAGUGUUCAUUAAAUUAUGAUAAUGCUCAAUAUAAUUUUAUUUAUACAACUAAUUUAUUUUAUAAAUUACAACUAUUUUUAAGUGCUAGAGCUUUAAUUUAUUAGUUAUAAUUAUUAGUGAGUGAUAUAAAUUUAGCUUUCAUUUUUAUUUUUAAGAAGAAC